AUGGCCGCUCAAUAUGACGAUAUUGGCUCCAAAUACGAAAGCUUCAAGACGCUUCCCACUUCGUUGAUAGAGGAGGCGAGCCUCAAAGACACAGUUGAGCCAUGGCUUGCUAAGUUCCCCAGCGCCAGAGUGCUGGACCUCGCAUGUGGCACCGGAUAUUAUUCAAAGAAACUGCUUGACUGGGGAGCAGGCUAUGUCCUGGGCGUUGACUCCUCCAGUGGCAUGGUGGACGCGGCCGGGGAAGCAUUGCGGAAGGACGCAACGCAUACUGGCAAGGUCAACUUCCGAAUCGGCAACGCCCUCGACCUGGGGCAAGUCGGGCUCGAGGAACCAUUCCACAUCAUCGUCGGGGUCUGGCUGCUCAACUAUGCCAGCGACCCGGAGGAGAUGACAAGCAUGUAUCGCACCGUCUCAGCAAACCUGAAGGACGGCGGGGUGUUCAUCGCCCUAACCCCACCGCCGGCGGAGGACGUGGACGAACGCGCCGAGAGCUGGGCAGGAAUGACGGCUCAGUAUUUGGAGGCCAUGCCUACUCGUGUGGACUAUUACGAAAGGCUCCAGUCUGGACUGGGCUGGAAGACGGAGAUCACCAGCCUCAUAGAGGGUGCCCAGUUCAGCUUCAGGAACUUCCACCUCCGGAAGAGUGUUUACGAGGAAGCGGCCAGGAGCGGCGGCCUGAACGGAAAGUUGGAGUGGAAGGAACCAACUAUCCCGGAACGAGUUGCGACGGCUACGGACGAGUUCAGCAAGAUGAGUUACCAGCUGGUGGGCAUCUCGAUCGCCUUCGCCGUCCUCACCACGGUUAUCUUGGGCCUGCGAUUUUAUGCGAAACGAUUCCAAGGGGGCGGCAUCUGCGCCGAUGACAUGUUCCUAUCUGCGGCUUAUGUCGUUAACCUGGGAAUGUGUGCUGUUGGGAUAAUCAUGACCAAAAUCGGCGGCGUCGGUCGACACGUCGAAUUCGUCGAGGAGGAGCACCCGAAACAGCUCACGGGCUGGGCGCAGUCGAUCCUCGCCUUCGAGCUCAUCUACUUCACCUCGGUGGCGCUGCCGAAGCUGGGCAUCAUCUGCCUCUACCUGCGCAUUUUCAACUGGAAGGGCGCGACCCGCACCGCCGCGUGGACCCUCUUCACCCUCACCGCCAUGACGUCCGUCUCGCUCGUCGUGGCCGCCUGCUUCCAGUGCACGCCGAUCGCGUUUUGGUGGGACAGGACGAUCCCGGGGGGACGCUGCUUCGACGUGCAGGCCUUCUUCCACGCGCAGGCUCUGCCUGGUUUCGUGCUGGACUUGGCGAUCAUGGCUUUGCCGAUGCCGACUAUCUGGCAUCUUAAGAUGCCGGUGGUCAAAAGGAUGGCGCUGGUUGCUGUGUUUCUUGUCGCCAGUUUCGGCAUCAUCGCAUCCAUAAUCCGCGCCAGGGUUUUCUUCAGCACAGCGGCCUUCGGCGACCGCACCUUCGCAUCAGUCGACCUGGUCGGCUGGUCCAUCAUCGAGACGAGCGUCUACAUCAUCACGGGGUGCCUCCCGCACCUGCGCGCGCUCGUGUCGCACUACACGCCCGCGUCGAUCAAGCAGGCCAUCAGGAACACGCUCAGCUCCGCGACCACGCGGUACGGCAAGUCGAAGGGCGGCACCUCGGGCUUCUCGGGCUCCAAGUCGUACACGCAGAGCAAGAAGGGCAACACGGUCCAGGUGCACGCGCUCGACGACGACGCCAUCGAGCUCACGCGGCAGAACAACAACUGGAACCGGCUGUCGGGCGGCGAAGAGGACCUCGAGCGCGGCGGCGGCGGCGGGCCCCCCAGGACGGGGAUGAGCGUGCGCAGCGGCGACACGUGGCUGCAGGACGCGUCGCCGACUGUGAACGUGCGGAGCUCGCAGGAUGUGUUCCAGUCGCGGGAUCGGCUUGGGACCCCGAACGAUGGCCAGAUCACCGUGACGACGGAGGUGAGGCUGACGAGGGAUUAG